CCGCUGCGCCGACGAGCAGCCCGCGACCGCGCGUGUGUCUUAUGACCAGCGCACCCUCAGGCACGGCACGAGUUCCCCGCCCCGCUGACGAGGCGGUUUAUUAGUUGACGCUGCCCGCCCACGAGGCCCGUUUGCUGCUCAACAUCGAUCCAAUGGUCACAAUGGCAUCGAAUGGACUGCCCGUGCCCGCUCAAAACAGCAACUACCUCGAAAAUGGCCGCUACUACCACGGCUACCGGAGAGGCAUCUACCAGUAUCCGUGCGACGAGCCUGAAAAGGACCGCAUGGAUAUCUACCACAAGCUGUUCUCCGUAGCACGGCGAGACACGCUGCACCAGGCCCCUGUGCUACCGCACGGAGAAAUUCGCAUCCUCGAUGUGGGCACCGGCACCGGCAUCUGGGCGAUAGACAUGGCCGACAAAUACAUGAACGCCGAGGUUCUGGGCUUAGAUCUGGUCAACAUCCAGCCGGAAAGAAUUCCCCCGAACCUGCGUUUCCGUGUACCACGCGACUACGAGAGCCCGUGGUCGCUAGGCGAGGACUCCUGGGACCUGAUUCACCUACGGAUGGCCUGCGGUAGCGUCACGAGCUGGCCAGAGCUGUACCAGAAAGUCUUCGCGCAUCUGAAGCCCGGCAGCGGUUGGAUAGAGCACGUUGAGAUUGACAUGCAGCCGCGCUGCGACGAUGGCACGCUCGACCCCAAGGGCAAGCUUGUCCAGUGGUACGGCUACCUUGCAGACGCAACAUGGCGAGUCUCACGCCCAAUUGCAUACGAUCACCGGACCCGCCAGAACCUACAGGCCGCCGGCUUCAUUGAUAUCCAGGAAACCGUAAUCCGCGUUCCUUACAACUCAUGGCCCAAUGACCCACACCAGAAGGACAUUGGCAGGUGGUACAACCUAGGCAUCACCGAGGGGUUGGACGCACUGUCCUUCGCCCCUCUCACACGCGUCUACCAGUGGGAUCUCAACGCCCACGUCAAGCCGCUCCUCGAAGGCGCCAAGAAGGAGAUUUGCAAUCGCAAAAUUCAUGCGUACAACAACAUUCAUAUCUGGACCGCCCGCCGACCCCAGCAGUAGCAUUUCAAUUUGCUAGAAUUGCGCUUGUAAUGCUAUCAUCCAGCUGCUAUUUCUGGCCGUGCACGCCUGCCACGACCCCACUCUUGCCGACACAUUCGCCAACGCAGACCACCCUGCAUUCCCCAAAUUGUUGUUUGGGUCCACGAAAGACUUGUGAGAGGCCGGUCUGCAACCUUCGACCACCGCUCCGGCACUGUAGCAAUCCCAUGGUCCGAGAGCCUAGCGUUUGCCCAGCAUCCGUCGAGUCCAGGCUACCGGUGUGCCG